UAUGUCUAUAUUUCUUUUAGUUCCUGGAUGUCCAAAAGAGCAAGGUGAUAGCCAAAUUUGGCCUGAUGCACAUGAUAGCAACCAAUAUGGCGGAGUGGUUCCUGGUCCUCGUCGAGGAAACCAGGCAAGAUAUCUAUAUGUCGACAAAACUGCAGGCCACCUGUCUCAAACCAAACAUCUCCAGAUCUAGCAACGAGCAAUUCAUUGGUUCAAAAACUUUCCAGAUAACGCAUAAUCUGUACGACCAUAAGCUGAAGUGUCUCAAGUCCGACAUCAUGCAAACGAUUCUCUUCAAAGCAGAACCUUAUUUGGCGCCAUGCACUGUGGAGUACAAUUUGCUGUCUGUUGUAAUUUUGUUACUCAUGUGGAAAAAUAAUUGCAGCAAUCAUAACUCAGAUGUUUCAUCGUCACUCCAACGCCAGCAAUUCGAAGGUGGCCAGCAUCAACGGGGAAAUUUGAUAUACAGCCACCGCAGCCAGUCUCAGUUCUCAGUAGAUUGCGCUCAAGCACAUAAAGGUCUGUUCGGAGGUCUGUUGGUGCUAGCAGUAACUGUUAUCAGUCUUAUCAUGUUCUUCGAACUGGUCACACACCACGACAAAAAGGAUGCAGCAAUUUUGCAGGUGAAUGUAUGGGAAGCAUUUUUAUUUGUAGCUGGUACUAUAGCGGUAAUGUUUUGCAUUGCUGCCCUUAGAGACGUUGAAUUUUGCAAGAAGAAAAAUGAUUUGGAACUAGAACACUUGCUGCUUCUCGUAACGCAGUGGGGCGUCUACAUGUAUUUCUUGUUUCAAAUCAUCGGAGGUUUCCUAAUGGGAACUCAAGGGACUGGAGGCAUUAUGAGGAUAAUAACGCCGUUGUCCGCACUUGUGCAAAGCUCUUGUCAAACAGUGUUGAUCUUAGAUGCCUGGGGAAGAAGAUGUAAAACAGAGCAGCAAGUGCGUAAAAAACCGGGCAGGCAACUAGUUACAUUUCUCUUGGUGGUAAACAUUGCGUUAUGGGUUGUGAACAGAUUGAAAAAUAAUAGGUCGGUGUCUCAUCCGAAUCAGAUGGACUUCUAUGGAGUGCUAGCAUGGAACAUCAUCACCCAUGUUUCCAUGCCUCUCGUGGUAUCGUACAGAUUCCAGUCAACGGUAUGUUUCUAUGAAAUAUGGAAAAGGGUUUAUAAAUAUAGGAACAUCAAGAAGAAACGAGAGUCUCUCACCAAAAUAUAACACACACACACACACACACAUAUUUCAUACUUUAUACUUUAUAAUUUGAUUAACUAAAAAAUAUAUAUUUUAUUGAAAAAUUCCGUGUAUUAUAAUAUAUUAUAACUAAGUCUACUAAAAAUACUAGUUAAAGAACUCACCUUUAUCACGAGAAGUUUCAAAAAACUAGAUCAUUUUAAUUAAUAUCGCUGGGCGGCAAACGUAUAUAAACUGGCUGAGGAACACCACAAC